AAAAAAAAGAAAAACACAACUUUGUACUAACUUUAAGUUGAGAACAGGGCUGGAGCAAUUCAACCAGACAUCAACAACAUCUCUAAAGUGACUGGCUGCCUCGAUCUCUUGCGUGUGUUUAGAAUAGAGGAAGAAGGCGUGGCUAUACAUGCACACAACCACAACAAUAUUGAACAUCACACAGGACCGAAAACACGGAGCGAGGAAUGUCACAGAUCAGACAUAGCUUGAGUGCAUCGGAUAUCCUAAUAAUAAAGAAAACAACAACUGCAUGGUAUUGCAAGUUUGUAGGCUCACAAGUGGAGAUAAGUUAACAGAUGUUCGGCUGCAGAAGAAUAGAGUUUCCUAUGCUGGAGAUCAGCGCCUAUUCAACAUCAACAACCUUAAGCUCGUGGAAGUAAAUGAGGAAACGGAGGAGACUUCCUUAUGAGCCAUGAGCGUUUGCUAGUUUGUCUGGACGAUUUCUCUCGGAACACUGUGCAAGUUCACGAAACCAAACAGCCUGCGUCGUUGUUGGUCGCCAACAAACAUCGCGUGGACGAGUCGGAAACUCGCGCCAUUGAAAACAAGUAAGCUCGGCUGAGUUACGACAAUUACUCUGUUAGAGGUUGUUUGACACAAGUGCCUCUUGCAAUACUGGUCCCCCACCCCAGGUGUGACUCAUUCGUACAACGUCACAAAUGCGACCAUGGGAAGUAGCAGUGAGUAGGCGGCCAACAACAGCCCCUUUAAACCAGAGGAGGGUCAUCGGGGAGCCUUGCAUCACCCCUCUGCACCUGAGGAGAAGUCCUCAAGUACGACAUCAGUGGGGGCAGCGAGAUAGACCUGCUGUGCACACUUCCCUGCAUCAGGAUGAGAACUUCCACCACCCGGUCUUCUCCCAGCAUCAGCAGAUUCCCUUAGAUGAGUCCAGGCAAUAUAGCCACACCAGUGCACCUCCACGUAUGCUGCAUACUGCCACACAACCCCCCCAACAGAGCUCCAUCAUGGUGGAUGUUCAUGAACAGAUGCAUCAAGGAUCAGUUCCGAUAUCUUACACAGUUACCACAGUGACGACCCACGGUUUUCCCAUCCACACCGGGCAACCUAUCCCAGCCUGCAAUGCUCAGCAGCUCCCAGCAUGCUCGGUAAUGUUCAGCGGACAGCUCUCUCUGCUCUGCUGCCUUCCUCCUCCACUCAUUCAGGCCUGCACCAUGCAGCACCUGCCUGUCUCCUAUCAGGCAUUUCCACCAUUAAUCUCCAGUGAGCAUUUUAUCCUGCAUCCCAGUCCUCCAGUGCCGCCCCACCAGCCGCCUCAUCUGCCCCCACUCAAUCAGUUUGUCCCCUUACAGCCCCAGCACCCACGCAUGCCUCUGCAGAGGGUGGAUAAUGAAUUGGAUCUGCGAGGAGACCAGCAUCCGUUAGGAACGUUCUCUUAUCCUCCAGCCCACCAUCCACCAUCAAUGACCCCCUCUGUCCCACUCCAGUUCCUCCCCCAAGAGCCCCUCCAUCAAGAGCUACCCUACGGAGUGCCAUAUCCGCACAUGCUGCCGAGGCGUAUGACUGGACAGAGGUACAGGUUACAGCAGCCUCUGCCUCCCCCACCCCCUCCACCACCCUACUAUCCUGGAUUCCUACCAUACUUCCUCUCAAUGCUUCCUGUGCCUCCGACAGCUGUGGGUCCUGCUAUCAGCCUGGACUUGGAUGUAGAUGAUGUAGAGAUGGAGAACUAUGAGGCGUUAUUAAAUCUUGCUGAGAGACUUGGAGAAGCGAAACCUCGAGGACUAACGAAAGCUGAUAUAGAGCAACUUCCAUCCUACAGGUUCAAUUUAGAAAACCACCAAUCUGAACAAACUCUGUGUGUUGUGUGCUUUAGUGAUUUUGAGUCAAGGCAGCUACUUCGAGUAUUACCCUGUAACCACGAAUUUCAUGCCAAGUGUGUGGACAAGUGGUUAAAGACCAAUCGCACCUGUCCAAUCUGUCGAGCUGAUGCCUCAGAAGUUCACCGUGAUGUGGAAUGAGUUCAGGCUUUUGUCCUUCACUGGAAAGCAGCACAAAUCCUUGAGUGUGAUUUGUGAGUGGGGACGGACACCUUCUGCAGCCAAAUGCAAAUCUACCCCCUCACCCUGCUCCCAAACCCCACCUCUACAAUAAGCAAUCUUGGAAUUUGUAUGGAACCCGUUUGACCUCUGCUGUGCGUCAUUGUGUGAGUUUCAUGAAAGCUACUGCCUCCUGAUAGCCACUUCCAAGUUCUGGAAUUAUUCUUUUUUCUUUUUCAUUUAGUUUUUUCCCUGCCCCUUGUUUUCGCAGAUUCCAAAGAUAACCUGUAAUACGUGUUGUGUUGGCAUAUUUGUUUACACAAUUCAAUAUUCUCUAUAGUUUUUUGAUCACGAAUAAUUAAAACUCGUGCUUUAGUGUCGUUAAGGACUGCAGGGGUGGGCCUGGAUGAUGGUUGUUUUGGGCUUUACCAUGCAAUCAGAGGAAUUAAAGAAUGAUAAGCGCCAGUCUGCUUGUGAAUUACCAUCAUAGAUGCAUGUCUGUGUAUGUGAUGGGCUCGAGGGACUUGUUAAUAAUCUAUGUUUUGCAAUAAUGUAUUGAUCAUUUGAAUAUCUUAAUCCUGAUUCUCUUUUAUCUGCAAAUGCUAUUGUGAAGGUGUGACUUUCAGUGGUUUCAAGUUCAAAGGUCUGAGGUUAAAGGCAAAAAAAAUUAAAAAGGAAAAAAUACACAAAAGGACUGCAAAUGAUGGAUGUGAUUCCAUCAGAAAACUCCCCCUGGGAUUUCAUCACGCUAAUAGAGACAUUAAGGAAGUGAGUUUUGUGAUGAGCACAUGGGGAGACAUUGCUGUGGAGUUUUUGCUUUUGCUGUUGGCUGGCACGGGCAAUCGGACUGCCCAUGAAAACACAGGGACAAGGACAGCACACUGCCUCUGCCAGCUCCCACCUGGCUGCACUGCACAACCCCCAUCUAUUCUGGACUGGCCCUCUUCAGCCCGAUCCAUCACUUGGCUGUCGCCCUCCGGGUGACGGCUACAUCCAGGAGAACAUCUUACGGGCUUUACGCGGACUGUUCUUUUAGACUAGCAAUAUUUUUAACUAACAAGACCCACCGCAUUUCAGCCGAAGCUAACAAAAUGAGAAUUUGGGAAUUUAACAGUUAUCAUCUUGCCAUUUUUAAACCUCUGCAUUUACAGUGGAGGCCAGGAGAUAUCGCUUGCCUGUCCAGAAAGACUUUGAAAGAAGGUGGAAAACUUUUGCAGAAAGCAGUACGUGCAAUGAGUGUCUGAAGUGAAACGUUUUGGCCUGAUUUUUGGAGGACUAGGCUUUUUUUUUUUUUUUUUCUCAUUAAAGAGCCAAAUAAUCAAUAUACACUCUACUUCUCAAGAUCUUGACAAGCACAAACCUGUUACUAAUCUUCAAAACAUCCUUUGUCAGUUCCUCUUUUAAAAGUAUAAGUUUUUUUUUAAAGUGGUGUUAUUUAUUGGUUUUACCUUCUAAGAGUUUUUGAAGGAUGCGGUCGGAAAACUAAAGCACCUAUAAUGCAUUUUAGUUUGCCUCCUGUUGUAAGGUCUCAGGCCAUGUUCACAGUUUAAAGUGAUGUGAAAGGAAAGAAAACAUUGUAUGCAUAGCCUUGUCGUGAAAGGUUGAAAUUAUAGUCUUGUUUUUAAGACAAAAAGAAUGUUGAAACCCUCUGUAUUUCUUGUAAAAUGGAUAGUUCACCCAAAGAAUAAAAAUUCUGUCAUCCAUUAUUUACCCUUAUGUUGCUCCAAACUCAAAUGACUUCCUUUCUUUUUGAUACACAAAAGGAGCAAAAUUAAGGCCAAAGUAUACUUCCUUUUCUGUGUGGACGAAAAUUUCGUCAUCAGCACCACUGUCCACAUGUUUUUUUUUUUUUUGUGCAUUUAGUUUUUUACUUCCGGACAAUUCGCGUCUUUGCAUGUUGUCGGCGCAUGCACCGUUGACUGUGCUGAAAGAGUAUCACAAAAUAGUCUGAGCGUGCAUGCGUCGAUGCACCUGUAUCGGCUUGUGGUCGAAAGAGUGUACUUGUAAAAGCAGAGCGCUCCACCGUAACUGAGAGGGAGUUUCCUUUUUUUCCAUUCACUAUCAAAAAGAUACAACUGAAGUGAAUGGCGGUUGAAGCUAACAUGGUAACCUUCCGUUUUCCACGGAAGAAAGUAAGUCAUAUAAGUAUGGAGCAACUCAAGGGUUAAUGAGUUAAUGAUGACAGAAUUGUAAUUUUUGGGUGAAAUAUCACUUGAAGCCCUCUCCUGUGUGCCACUUGACUGUAGUCGUUCCACAAAGAUCCCAAACAGGAUUUGAAAUGGCAGAGACAGAGCGUUAGGGUCGUUUAAAGAAGAAAAAAAAAAACAGCACUGUAAAACGCUCAACUCAUAGUUCACUCGAUUCCAAAAACUAACCCGAACAUUGUUCGGGGGAAAACUAUGAACUAUUUGGGUAUACUUUUUUCCCUAAGUACUUUCAUUAUAGGACUUUUAAAUAUAUAAAUAUAUAUAUACAUAUAUAUAUAUACAUAUAUAUAUUCCUGAGUCAUAUGUCCACUGAAUAGUCAUUGUAACUCAAUACACACUGGCUUUCUCGGGUAAAGGGACUCUUUUUAAGAGAAUGUGAGUAUCUUGCUUUUGCGUGCCAGGUUUAAAAAAAAAAAAAAAAAAUUUUUUUAAAAAAAGCCAUUGUAAUGAAUUUAAUCCACACUUUUGAUAAGUAAUCUAUGUAUACAUAUCUGUUCACGUGCAUAUAUUUUGAGUAUUAAAAAAAACACUCAGGGCCUCUCGGUAAUUGAAAAUAAAGGAAAACAGUCCAUAUCAAAUGGGAUUGACGCCAUGGAGAUAUAUUUGGGUAUUCUAGGCUGUUUUCCUCAGGCCAUGCAUAUUUUAAAUGUAAUCAACUGAACUAAUAUUCCUUUUUUAAAUAGUGAUGAAUAUUAUUCCAUUAUAAGACUGGCAUGCAAGGAAAAAAGAAGAAAAAAAAAGAUGAAGUGACCUGUUGUAUCGAGUUAGAAUAGGCUUUUUGUUACUGCAGCCAAUCAUUAAGCGUAUGUUACUCGAACAUGUUUUCCAGCCGUUCCGUUUCCGUGUAUUUGAACCACACAAACAGGUUGUAACCCCAUUUGCAAACGUGCCUCGGUGCACACUGUCCACCUAGACCACUUCCAAGACUAUUCUUACAGUGUCUGCAUGUUUUAAGGGUAAAAAAAAAAAACAACAACAACAAAAAAUGAAACCUGUAUUUUCAGUGAAAGAUAUCUAGACAGGGGUGGGCAAGUAUUUAAUUGUGCACAAUAUUCAUGCAUGUCUAACCAGGUCCCGACUGUUUUUUAGGUAGAUCUAGUUGGCUUUGGGUUCUGAGUAUAGGGGACUUUUUGCUCAGCUGAUAACUGCCAUGCACUGUACUGCACACAUUUCUAAUAGAACCGAAUGACUACAAGACGUUAUUGUGCUUGUACUUGGAAAAGAAGUAAAAACAAAAAAAAAAAAAUGAGUACAUAAAGGUGUGAUUGAUGCCAGUAGGAAGUGAGCAGCUUUUGAGAUGGGAAAUGUGAUCGGCUCCUCGUUUAAGCCACAUUUGUGCUUCUAUAUUGUUGCCUCAGUGACUGACACCCUUGCCUGGAAUCUAGAUAAUGGAAAGCCAUAUAGUAAAAAGGUGCUAGAUAUUCUAUAUUUAGGUGUAAUGCUACAUUCACAUAAGAGAAUGCAAUAGUUUGUUAUGGGUCUCUAUUCAUACAGCAUGCAGUGCUAGUACCCUCACGACGGUCAGCAGCAGUUAAUAACAUUAUCAACAGGGGUUUCAGUUUAAAAAAAAAAAAAAAAAAAAAAAGUAGCUUUACUUGUAUGUGCUGGUAGACAGUGACCGUUUCAAAAUGUGUCUUGUAAAGGAUUCAUUUACUGCCCAAGCGAUCUGAUUCAGUACAUCUGCCUUAAACUGAAGUAGGAGGUAUUGUCUGGGGGUAAAAAAACAAACAAAAACAAAAAACGGCGCUAUCACUCACCAAAAUGGUAAAAAAAAUAUAUAUAUAUGUACCUGUUAUGCGGUUCUCUCUACCUUUAGCAUCUGUAAUUGUUAUGGUUUAAAAAUAAGUUGUUGAUAUACACGCAAGCACUUUUGCUUGGGUUAACCGGCUGUGGGCUCUUUAUAAUAUAUCCUUAUUUAGAUUUAUAAAGGAAUUUUUCACAAUAACCAAGAUUCCUUGAAAACCUCAGUGUUACCUGUACUGAAUUACUAAAAAGUAAAAAAGAGAAAACAACAACUAUGAGUUAUGAUAAAUAGAAUCUUGUAGUCUUUCUGUGAUUCAACUAAUAAAUAAUCUCACAGCUUG